AUGCCUGAAGCAACCAUUCUGUCUGAGGCUCUUCCGCAAGUAAGACCACAGCAGGGAUCUGAGACUAAGGAGUCUUCUUCAAAGGAGGUUCUACCUAAGGACAUGCCUGUUGUGAAUGUUAAGGAUAUUAUGAUGUAUGCAGAGAAUAUGGAGAAGUUAGAAAGCAAAAAACUAAUUCCUUAUGUUGUUUACUUGGACGAGCAGUUCAAAGAGAUUGUACAGAAGAGAAGAAAGGAUGCCAAGGUUGUUCUUAUACUAUAUAUAGUUGUCAUGUCUAUACUUGUUAUUGGGUUAUUUGUGUGCGGGAUAAAACUCUUUGGGUACCUGAUGGGGAAGGAAUGA